AUGUCUAGCCGAUGGAAAUAUCCUCCGGUCAGGAGAGAUGAAAACUUUUAUGAAGAAUUACAUGGACAUAAAGUAUACGAUCCAUAUCGAUGGUUGGAAGAUCCUGAUAGCGAGGAAACAAAUGACUUUGUCACGAAACAGAAUGAAUUGUUUUACAAGAUUAUCGAGUCAUAUCCAUAUCGCGAAAAAUUUCGUGAGAAGCUGACUAGUAUGUACGAUUACGAACGAUAUGAAUGUCCGUUUAAGCGGGGAGAUUAUUAUUAUUACUUUUAUAACACGGGCUUGCAACAGCAGAGUGUCUUGUACCGAUUACAAUCUUUCCAAGCCGACGCCAAAGUCUUCUUUGACCCCAACACACUUGAAGAAGACGGAACUGCUGCUAUCAGAACUUACACCUUUUCAGAGUCGGGAAAAUACUUCGCGUAUUCUAUAUCUAAAUCAGGUAGUGACUGGGCCACAGCCUAUGUAAAGACGACUGUCGAAGGCUCGAACGAAAAACUGGACGAUGUCAUUGAAUGGUUAAAGUUCACCUCCCUCGAUUUCACUCAUGACGAGGCUGGGUUUUUCUACAGUAGAUAUCCUGAACCGGAAACAGACGAUAAAGGCACAGAGAUAGAUAAGAACAUGAAUUCGAUGGUAUAUUAUCACAAAUUGGGCAGUUUACAAUCCGAAGAUAUAUUAGUCUAUAAAGACCCUCUGCAUCCAGAGUACUUACAUAGUGUAGAGGUGUCGGACGAUGGACGUUACGUGCUCUUGUAUGUCUCUAGGGGUACCGAGCGUGUCAACAAGCUCUGGAUAGCGGAUUUACAUAAAACCGGAGGACAGGUCACUGUGGAUAAUUUUGAUGCGGCAUAUAACUACUUAACCAAUGAUGAGACUAUCUUUUAUUUUCAAACAAAUUCGAACGCUCCUCGUUCUAAGAUUGUUAGAUAUGAUCUCUCUAAGCCCGAAGAAGGCUUUGUUGAUCUCGUUCCCGAAUGCCCAGACGACAUCCUCUCGUCUGCGCGCGUAGUCCAUCAAAAUAACCUUGUCUUGACAUACCUUCACGAUGUGAAAGAAGAAAUCUACAUUUAUUCUCUCCACACUGGCGCGAAAAUCCGCCAACUUGAAAUUCCGAUUGGAGCAAUAGCGGAAGUGUCUGGCCGCAAAAAGGAUGCAGAGAUGUUUUUUUACUUUAGCAAUUUCCUAAAUCCUGGUAUUAUUUACCAAUACAAUUUUGUCAACUCGGUACUAAGAGUAUUCAAAAAGACAGUAGUCCCAGGGCUGAAUACCGAUAAUUUAUGUACAAAGCAAGUGUUUGUUUCUAGCAAAGAUGGGACUAAAGUUCCUGUGUUCAUUACUUCACGCAAGGGCGUACAACUUAACGGAGAUAAUCCGACAUUAUUAUACGGAUACGGUGGAUUUAACAUUGUGGUAAAGCCGACGUUUAGUUUGACAUGGUUGAUGUUUAUCCUGUUUUAUAAAGGUGUUGUAGCAGUCGCUAACAUACGCGGCGGCGGAGAAUAUGGCGAAGAGUGGCAUCGUGCAGGAACGCUACAACACAAGCAAAACUGCUUUGAUGAUUUCCAGUCAGUUGCUAAGUGGCUAGCAAGUGUGAAGUACACACGUCCUGCGAGACUAGUCAUCAACGGAGGUUCUAAUGGCGGUUUGUUGGUUGGAGCUUGUAUUAAUCAGGCACCAGAACUAUUUGGAGCAGCGGUGUCCGACGUCGGCGUACUGGAUUUGUUGCGAUACCACAAAUUUACGAUUGGCCACGCAUGGAAAAGUGACUAUGGAGAUCCCGACAAGGAAGAAGACUUUGGUUACAUUUACAAGUAUUCACCUCUCCACAACGUACAGUCAGAGAAGCCAUAUCCAUCAGUACUGGUAACCACUUCCGAUCACGAUGACAGAGUUCCGCCUUUGCAUUCCUACAAAUUUAUUGCUCAACUGCAACACGUCGCUAAGAACAAUCCAAAUCCAUUGGCAAUUCGCAUUGGCGUUAAGGCCGGCCAUGGUGCAGGGAAACCAACAAAGAAAAGACUCGAAGAAGCCGCCGACAAAUUUUCGUUUAUCUUAAUGGCCCUGGGUGCAGAUUGGACAGAUAGCUAG